UCUUUACUUAGGUUUCUCCGUCUUUCUUGGAGACAAAAACAAGUGUUUCUUUCUUGUUCUUUCACCAACACAUCAACCCCACCUCCCCUCUAAUUCAUUAAUUCUCACCUAUGUCUACUUGUCUUAAAUCAUCAUCAUUUCUCUCCAUCCAAAAGCACAAACUUUACCUUUCUUUGUCUCUCCAAUGGCUGUCCCAUUAUCAUCUUUCUCUCUUUCAAAGCACCCUUUGUCCAAUUCCUCUUCAAUCCCUGCAUCUAACCCUUCAUUGGAUCCCUCUAAAGCUUCAGUCUUGAGAACCCAAAAUGUCCUUGGUUCCAAGGCUAAUUCAGGAGGAAUUGAGCAAACCCAGUUGAGAUUGUGUGGGGCUAAUUUGAAGACAAAUUCAGAUUUGAAAUUACAGGCUUCCAGCGAGCCUGCUGCAGUGACUAAGGAACUUAAAAGUGACAAGUCGGAACGCAUGGCGGGAGUUGAACAUGUUGAUUUAUUCAAUGAGAUGAAACAACGGUUUUUGAGCUUUAAGAAGCAUAAAUACAUGAAAGACUUGGAACACUAUGAAAAGCUUGCCAAGGGACAAGCACCAAAGUUUAUGGUGAUUGCUUGUGCAGACUCAAGGGUUUGCCCUUCAUCCAUCCUAGGGUUCCAGCCUGGUGAAGCAUUUGUUGUUCGAAAUGUUGCAAACAUGGUGCCACCAUAUGAGAAUGGACCGUCUGAAACAAAUGCGGCCUUAGAGUUUGCUGGAAAUUCUCUUAAAGUUGAAAACAUUUUAGUAAUUGGUCACAGUUGUUGUGGAGGCAUCCGUGCCCUAAUGAGCAUGCAUGAUGAUGUAGAACCAAGUAGCCUCAUUGGAAGUUGGGUUUCUGUGGGGAUGAAUGCAAGAGUAAAAACAAAAGCUGCCGCUCAUCUUCUGAACUUUGAUCAGCAGUGCAAACAUUGUGAGAAGGAAUCAGUCAAUUGUUCAUUGGUAAACCUCCUCAGUUAUCCUUGGGUAGAAGAAAAAGUGAGGAAUGGAGAGCUCAAUAUUCAUGGUGGCUAUUACGACUUCGUUGACUGUUCAUUUGAGAAGUGGACACUGUACAAGGAAAACAACAUGAAGGACAAAAGUGGGAAAGUUGCAGUAAAAGACCGAGCAUUUUGGUUCUGAAACUGUGCUGCUGAUUUAUCCGUAUAAUUUGUUGAUGUUUUUGUUGUCGUCAUCGUUAAGUCUUCUUGCAUUUUGUGUUUUGUUUAUACAUGCAUGUGGAGACAGUCAGAAAAAUAACGUUAUUCCCUCGAACUCCUGGGAUUAACUACCAAGUAAUACAAGUGCUAUUGUAAUUAUAGUCACUUUUGAUGUCAUAAUCUGUAAUAUGUUGCGUGACACUACAUUUCAUAGUUGAUAAAGCAGUACUGUUUAUUAA